CUCUGAGCGGCCCCGGCGCGCGGUCGGCGUGGCAACCCUGUUCCCUCGCGCGCCUUUGCCGCUCCUUCGGCCGCGGAUGCAGCGCCGCGAGGACCUCGCCGUCCCUCGCCUGGGGCGGGCCCCGGCCGUCCCCCGCCUGGGCCGGGCUCCGGGCGGCCUCCAGUCGGCCCCGGGCGCCGGCAUGUCGCGCAGGCCGGGCCGCGGGGGAGGGCCGCGGGGCCCCCAGCCGCCGCCCCUCCUGCCGCCCUCCGCCACCGGCUCGGCCGCGCCGGCCCCCAGCUCCGCGCCCACCCCGCUGAUGCCCGGCGCCACGGUGAAGGCCGAGCCCGAGAACAAGUACCUGCCCGAGCUCAUGGCCGAGAAGGACAGCCUGGACCCCUCCUUCACGCACGCCAUGCAGCUCCUGCAAGCCGAAAUCGAAAAAAUUCAGAAAGAUGAUACAAAGAAGGAUGAAGAAGAGACAUAUUUGGACUUGUUUUCCCACAAGAACAUGAAGCUGAAGGAACGAGUUCUGAUACCAGUCAAGCAAUAUCCCAAGUUUAACUUCGUUGGGAAGAUUCUGGGACCCCAGGGUAACACCAUCAAGCGGCUGCAGGAAGAAACUGGAGCAAAGAUAUCUGUUCUUGGGAAGGGGUCAAUGAGAGACAAGGCAAAGGAGGAGGAACUGCGCAAAGGAGGUGAUCCAAAGUAUGCUCACUUAAACAUGGACCUGCAUGUUUUCAUUGAAGUCUUUGGGCCACCUUGUGAGGCCUAUGCUCUAAUGGCCCAUGCUAUGGAAGAGGUCAAGAAGUUCCUUGUUCCGGAUAUGAUGGAUGACAUCUGCCAGGAACAGUUUUUGGAGCUGUCCUAUCUCAAUGGAGUGCCAGAACCAACACGUGGCCGGGGGCUUCCUGUGCGAGGGAGGGGGGCUGUGCCUCCCCCUCCUCCUGUUCCAAGGGGACGUGGCGUGGGACCUCCGCCACCACCUCCACGUGGAGCCCUGGUACGAGGGGCCCCGGUGAGGGGGGCCCUUUCAAGAGGAGCAGCUGUUGCCCGUGGUGUUCCUCCUCUUCCAGCGGUGAGAGGUGCCCCUACCCCAAGAGCUCGUGCAGCAGGCAUUCAAAGAAUACCUCUUCCUCCCCCUCCUGCACCAGAGGCUUACGAAGAUUAUGGUUAUGACGAUGCUUACGCGGAACAAAGCUACGAAGGGUAUGAAGGCUACUACAGCCAGGGUCAACAGGAAACUGAAUAUUAUGACUAUGGACACGGUGAGGCACAAGAGUCCUAUGAAGCAUAUGGUCAAGAUGAUUGGAAUGGAACCAGGCCCUCACUCAAGGCCCCCCCGGCUAGGCCAGUGAAGGGAGCGUACAGAGAGCACCCAUACGGCCGCUAUUAAAGCAUUCUUCAUGAGGGGAAAAUAUCACAUAUGAGAAAACAGUUGUUUCUGAUUCUUGUAUCUCCCAGGAUUCCUGUUGCUUUACCCACAACUGACAAGUAAUUGUCUCCCUGAUUUUUCUCUGACUCCCUUUUUCUCCCACCUCCAUCCCCGCCACCAACGAACCUGCAUUCUAGCUUCUGUAUGUAGUAUUUUAAAAUGAGUUAGAUAAUAGAAGAUUGAAUUCAAUUUUUAAGUGUGUAGAUUGCUUUUCUUUCUCUGUUUAGAUAUAUAAACACAACUGUACCUUUUAAAAAGUUGAGUUAAAAUGUUAGUUUUCCAAAGUGACAUGCUUGCUUAACAGUUAUGAAACUAAAGUCUGUUAAUCUUUAAGUAUUUUGUUGGGUUUUUUAGGCAACCCAUAAAAGCUAUAGUUACAGAUUCCCCAAAGUAGGCUACAUUUCAAAAUUCAGUGUUUUUUAUGAAUUAAAAACAUAAUGUAAUAGUAAUGACUGCCGCAGUUUAAAAGCAACCUCAUGUCAAAACUUUGCCCUUAAAAAGCAGAUUGCUUGAUUAAUCUUAAGUUUAAAUGUUAAUAGAGAAAAUCCUUCUUAACAAAUUAAACAGUAAUUUUUUGUUGUUGCUUUCAGUCAGUAUAACUUAAAAAAAAUUAAGUUUGUAAUGGUGACAUUUCCCUUGUGGGUUUUGAAAUCUAGCUGAGAUGGUAGUGGAAGAAGUUGUCCACCCAAAAAAAAAGUUGUUCUUAGCUUAAUUCUGUGUGAGGAACUUUUAAGAGAAGUGGACAUCAAGCUGCUCUGUAAUUUUUAUAUUGCUCUAUAACUGCCCAGUGUUUUGAUAUUAGGAAGUAUUAAAUGAACAGUAGCUGUGCGUUGUGUCUUUUUUCUUUUCUUUUUUUUAAAUGAAGAGCUAAACACUUGACCAUGUUUGUAGUCUAUAAUAGAGCUCAUGCUUAAAAUCGACAAAAACGGUCAACGUAGCCAUUCCAAUGGCAUGUUCAAGUGUAUCUCGACACGAACAUUAUGUUUAAAAAGGGACAUUGCAGCUG